AUGGCUACCUAUGCGUUCAAUACUGGUUAUUUUGAAAUGUCCGAGUGUGGCUGGCCGCUGGACCACCAGCGAAGCAGACAACCACGUGCUCGAACGUCGGGCAGAAUCAUUGGAGGCGAAGAAAGCAACGAGGACGCCUGGCCUUGGCAGGUAUCUUUACAAUUACUGCAUCCUAAGUUUGGUUUUGUAGGGCAUUGGUGUGGAGCCGUACUUAUUCACCAAAAUUGGAUUCUUUCUGCAGCACACUGUGUUCACAAUGAAGCAUUCAACUUACCCCUUGCCGCCUUGUGGACAGCCGUGCUGGGCGACUGGAAUCGCGCAGUUGACAAUAACUUCGAACAAAGAAUACCUGUCGAAAAGGUAGUUGUUCAUGAACGGUUUCACCAUUAUCAACAUGAUAUAGUUUUAAUGAAAUUAUCGAGACCGGCCAAUAUAACGCGAAAAAGUCGAGUGAGGCUAAUUUGUCUUCCAAACAUGUCGCAAUCUUUUUUUGAAUGUGUAGCUACUGGCUGGGGAAGAUCUAGGCAUUCUGGUGAACUGACAGAUACCCUACACCAGGCUCGGGUACCUUUGCACGACAAUUCGCUCUGCAGGCGAGUAUACGGCAAAGCAGUCCCGAUAAGACCAGGACACUUGUGCGCCGGUCAUCUGGAUGGCUCCUCCGGAACCUGCGUGGGCGACUCCGGAGGACCCUUACAAUGUCGUUCGCCGGAAGGCCGAUGGUUUUUAGCCGGGAUAACAUCAUUUGGUUCUGGUUGUGCACGACUGGGCUAUCCAGACGUCUACACCAGGACGAGUCAUUACACGAGCUGGCUAAGAGCGAAAAUCACCGAAGAUAGAAAACUGGAAGAACAGGAAGAUGAUUUGUUAUAG